AAUAAAAAAUUAAGUUGAUAAAAGAUUAGGUGACGUUGUGAGUUAUCGGCGUUAACAAAAUAUUCUGAAUGUUUCUUUUUCGAUGCCGAUGUUAGAUAGUGAUAAUGUCAUCAAUAAUAUUUUUUAUAUAUUUGAGGGCAUUGUUCUGUAUUGUCUUGUUUCUGAACCAACGUAAUAUUUCGGAAGAUAGUUUGUGUUUCAACGGAAGAGUUUUUUUCUUCCGUGUACAUCCUCAUGUGUACGGCCGGUUAUUUACGAAGUUUUUGUGAUAUAUUUUCUGUUGUUUGUAUUUCUCAUUUCACGAUUUUAUUAAAUCAGGUGCCUUGUUUUGUUGUAUUCUGAAAGGAAGACAGUUUGGUUGAAUUAUAUAAUUUGAUAGACUUAUAUGUAAAUAUGUUUUGGGGGCUGGUGCUGGAACCCGGUAAGCGGUAUGCCCAGACGGUGGACACAGCGUUCCAUGUGUCCAUGGCUUGCCUGGAAACAAAACCGUCUGACAAUGAAACUACUUCAGUGAUCCUGGACCACAACGACAGGGAGUUCAUUCUCUGCUCGUUGCAGCGGCAGAGGUUCCUGCAGAGUCAGCUUGACUUGAAUUUCAGCUCAGGAGAAAAGAUUGCCUUUCUGACAUCUGGCCAAGGGAAAGUUCACCUCACAGGUUAUUUAAUAGAGCCAGACGAGGAUGACGAUGAUGAUGACGAUUUCGAAAUGCCGGAAGACGCUGAUUCUGCAAUCUCUCUAAGUGAUAAACUAGCUGGCAAAAUGAGUGCAUCGGCAAAAAGAAAAAAGAAACAAAAUGCUCCUAAAGAAGAAAAAAAGAAACAAAAAAUUACCAAUGAAGUGGAUGAUGAUGAAUCAGAUUUUCCCACUUCUGACUUGGAAGAUGACAGUGAUGAGGUUGAAUUGGGUAGUGGGGAUGAAGAAGAAAGUGAUGAUGAUGAUAACUUAGAGUUGGAUGAAGAGGAUGAAGAAGAGGAAGAUAGUGAAGAGGAGGACAGUGAUAAAGCUACCUCAGGGAUAGCCAAGAACACUAGCACCACUUCGUUUUCGACAGCCGGGUCAACUCCGUUCCACAAGAAGCAUGAAGGCAAGGAGAAGCUAGCGACGCCAGGAUCACAGAAGGGUGACAAGAAGUCUCCAAAGCAAACACCAGUAUCAGUUCUCAAAAAGGAAAAGACCCCCCUUGCAGGAAAUAUAAAUGGCACCCCAGGUGAAAAGUCGGGCAAGAAGAAGAAAAACAAAAACAAAGGUGACAGUGCCUCCAACACGCCAGUACAAGGCAAGAAUCCCGGUGCUAACAUCACCCCUGCUAAGACUCCGAAGCAGCAGUUGGCAGGUGGGGUUGUCAUUGAAGAGAGCAAGAUUGGAAAUGGGCCUGUGGCAAAGCAAGGGAGUUACGUGACAGUUUUUUACACGGGAAGGUUAAAACAAAACAACAAGCAGUUUGACGCUGUAAAUCAAGGUACUGGUUUCAAGUUCAGGUUGGGAAGUAACGAAGUAAUACGCGGAUGGGACAUUGGCAUUCCAGGAAUGAAAGUUGGUGGGAAAAGGAAGAUCGUCAUUCCUCCACAAAUGGCGUACGGAAACAAAGGUUCUCCUCCAGUUAUUCCUCCCAACAGUGCAUUGGUGUUCGAAGUUGAAUUGCGGAACGUAAAAUAACUUUUUGUGAUCUCUGUUUAUACUGUCUCAUUUGAGUGCGUAUUUCUUGUCUUUUUGCACUGCUACGUGUACAAGUUUUCUGUUUCAUACAUUGUUCCAUGUUUGCUGCUGAGUUUGUAUUGACAUUUUUAAGUCAUCAUUAAAUUUACUUUUUUAUAAA